AUGGCACUAGCGCACGGAAUGUACAUGCCUUCCCAACUACCUGCAAAUUCUCCCUUUCUCUUCGAGAAGCAGGGCGGUACCGGUGGACGCUAUUAUUUAGCAAGCCUCUUCUCGAUCAUCCGAUUCUAUCAUGUAGAUUUAAUUCUUAUCAAGCACCUGGAGAUAAGUCUGCUCUAUUCAUCUUCCCUUUAUGUUCCCAACUCUCACAUACCAAUGCUUCUUGACAGUCAAACAAAGACGCUCAACUUCAAUUGUCUACAAAAGGUCAACUUAACUCUGGCAUUUAUUGCAGCUUUAGCUUCACUUGAUUUACUUUCCUCAUUUACUCUUUGUCCCGAUCAGUGGAUAAGUCAAAUUUUGUCGUCUUUCUCAGUGAAAAGGGUAGAAACCUUAUUUUAA